AUGGUAUUCCACGACGAACCGGGCCUCGAGUCCACCACAUCAUGGUCUCAUGCUGCUGUAUCAAGAAUCAUUACUUCAUUGCGGCAGCUUUUCCAGCGAUUCAAAGGGAGCGAGUCCUUUGAUGAGAAAGUUGCUGAUGUUUUAUGUCGUAAUACUACUCGACCAGUACAAGAUACCUUUGACAAUUUCGAUGACUGGAUAGCUCAGUUUUGUGGACCAAACAUUCGAUGGGAAUCAAUAGGUCUGUUAUGGGCACAUGUUGAGGGCCUCUCGGAUGCUUUGUCAACACUAAAGUACCGCCAGCUCAAGUGGGUAGAGGGGAAGCAAUCUUCUAUUGUUUCACACGAGCAUUUACACUAUAUUAUCGAAAUAUCACGUCACUUUACAGCUGGAAACGAUAUGUUGCUCGAUCUAUGUCGUCGACAUGCUGCUCUUGCGACCCUAGUUUAUGGCGAUGCCAGCCCUGUGUAUUGGAACGCCCACAGCCUGUGUGUUUCGAUGCUACUCUUUCUUGGUCGUCACGCUCCAGAAGUAUCCAAGUCUCAAGGAAAGCCUGAAAAGAUUUCAUUCUGUGUCGAGAACAGGCGUUUUCUCUACUGCUAUAUCUUUGCCAACGACAAAUCCAUGGUCUCGUUUACUGGCAGACCGCCACUCCUCAGCCGUCGCUAUUGCUCAUCUCAAGCCCCCUUGGACUUUUCUGACAGCUGCAUGAUAUCAAAAGAAUCGAUGACAAAGGAGUUCAAGGCUUUGGAUGAACGGGGCUGGAAUACGAAGGGCGAGAUCUACGCCAACGGCUAUAUACGAGCUCGUUUCUUGAAGUCCUAUCUCAUGGACGAAGUAAUAGAGAUUGCACUUGGCAAUGACACUCACGUUGCGCUUGAUUAUCUUGAGGACAUCAAGGCUCGGGUAAACCAGUUGUUUUUCGAGAUGCCAUCGCAUUUGAUUUUUGAGUACCAGAACCUCGAUGAUCCGGGCCUCGAUAUUAAUGUUCUUUACUUAAGAAUCUUAAUUUAUCUAAGCCAUAAAAGAGACAUCUUUGUGGUCGAGCGGCUGUUGCUCCAGCAUGGGGCGAUUGACGACGGCUCUUUGCUGACAACUAGUUUUGAUUUAGUCAAAGUCACAGUUGUACUUUGGAUACACAAGAACAAAUUCGCCCCCAUGAGAAGAAAUUUUGAAUGGGUGUUGGUUGCAUAUGCUGCCCCUGGCGGUGGCAUUCUAUGUCAAGAGUUGCUUCGGCCAACUUUCUUUGGUAUUCACCCUCUAAAUCCUGCUCUUUCACGAUCAAGUAUUGUGCAGCAGCUCAGCAUGCUUGUUGCUUUUCUGAACUGGGUUGGUCCAGGCUCGCCAAAUAGAGUGGUAUGCAGUGAUUGUGAGACCGUUAUCCAGCGUGUGCUUGAUGAGCACUUGAACGCUUCGCCUGCAAACGAUGCGAGCUUAGAGCCUUUGGAUCCGGGCUUUCCUCGAUCUCUUGGGUUUAAGUUUGAGUUGUUAAACACAUUCGAAUGGCUAAAUGCUAUGGAACGAUAG